CCAAAUUGUCAUCUCUAGAAACGAGGCGAAUACAGAUCUGUUUUCGGUGGCAAAAUUUGCGUGUGUUUCGUAUUAUUGUAAAUAUUAGUUGAUAAUAAACACUACAGUUAAGUGUUGACGAGGUCUGGCGUAAAAAGGAAAAAAAAAACGAUUGCGGAACAGGCGACUUUUGAGCGGAAAACAUCGAUUAAAGUAGCUAACUUCGACAAUUGCCGCAUUUUUCGGACCCUCCAAGAGCUUUUACGCCAUAAAAACUCGAGCUUUUGUAGCCAACGUAAACGUAAACAAAACCAACCAUGGCCGAUGAGGAUAUCACACUGAACGAGGAUCAGCUUCUGGAGUCGUUGGAAGAGACGAACGGUGAACAGGAGACUGAGAUAACCACAGAGACCGAGGAGGAGGGCAGCAUGCAAAUCGAUCCCGAGCUGGAGGCCAUCAAGGCGCGCGUCAAGGAGAUGGAGGAGGAGGCCGAGAAGAUCAAGCAGAUGCAGACGGAGGUGGACAAACAGAUGGCCGGAGGGUCCACCACCGGCUUGGCCACCGUGCCGCUUUCCCUCGAGGAGAAGCAGGAGAUUGACACGCGGUCCGUGUACGUAGGCAAUGUGGACUACGGCGCCUCUGCAGAGGAACUGGAAGCCCACUUCCACGGCUGCGGCACGAUCAACCGCGUCACCAUUCUCUGCAACAAGGCCGACGGCCAUCCCAAGGGGUUCGCCUACAUCGAGUUCGGAUCGAAGGAGUUCGUCGAGACCGCCCUGGCCAUGAACGAAACCCUCUUUCGAGGGCGUCAAAUCAAGGUGAUGUCGAAGCGCACAAACCGCCCUGGCCUCUCAACUACAAACCGAUUUGCCCGCGGCAGCUUCCGGGGUCGAGGAGCCCGCGUUUCCCGGGCGUGCUGUCACUCCACCUUCCGUGGCGCCCGACGCGCAAUAAGGGGUUACCGUGGUCGCGCCAAUUACUACGCUCCAUACUGAUUAUUGUUUUAUUAAAACCUUAGUAAGAUUUUUUUACAAUAUUAUUUCAAAAAACAUUAUUUUAUUGCCAAACUUCUUUGAUAAAUAAAACAAAAAAGAGAAAACAAUCACAAGAGGAAGCGCCAGAAAAAAUAUCGUUUCAAUAAAAAAACAUCCACAGCAAGAAAAACAGGCAAAAAAGAAGAGACCUCGAAAAUAAUAAUAAAAAAAUCAGCAUGGAAAACGAAUAUCUUGACUUGGCUAUAAUGUUUUUUGAAGCACCCAACACCAAACACCCCUUUUUCACACAUUUUAAUUUUCCAAUAAAAAAAAUCAAAAAAAGAAUAUGAAAAACCAGAAGUUGAUUUAGAAAAACAAAAAAAUAUAUAUCAAUGCAUAUAUAUAAAAGAAACGCAAAAGAAAUCACAAACCAUAAUAAAAAGAAGUUAAAAGAUGGCAAAAUCAAGUAAAAGAAGGAAGAAAAUAAUAAAAAAAAAUCAAAAGAACACAAGACUCUUGGGAAAGAAGUAAAUCAACAAAAUAGAUAAAAAGAAAGUGCGUAAUUUAUAUAUUGAAAAAAUAUAUAGAGUAAAGAAAAGAAGUUGAAUUUUACUGAACUGAAAAAGAUGAUGACAAAUAUAAUCGAAUUAAACAAGC